AUGAGACUACUUCCUUUCCUAACUGAGAUGAGAAGACUUAGACCAGCUGACAUAUCAAGCAGUCAACCUUCUAUUGAGAUUGAGAUGGCGAUAUUGAGAUGGUAUACUCACUUCUACUUCUACAAGCCCAGGAAGGAACCGAGAACUACCACUUACUUUGACUAUUAUAGAAAGCGGGAGAAGGGAGGGCAAGCAGUUUGCGGCUCUAGACUAGACAGACAACUAUUCUUUCUGGUGCAGGUGAGAAUAGAGCCUAUCCAGAUCGCGAUUCUACAUCAGGAGAAGCAAAUACAUGGGAUGGGCUACACACACUCAUGA